GGGAAGCCAAUCAAACACAACUUUCUUUUCCUAAACCCAAAUUAUAACUCGAAUCCGAAAGCUGAGGAAGAACCCUAGUAAAUCACCCUCGCCUCACCUGCACAGCCGCCGCCUCCGCUCCCUCCUCCGCGUCCAAGGCCGUCGUCCGCCGCUCGGACGCGACCGCCGGCCCCCUCCGCCUUCCACUUCCUCUUCAAAUUUGGAGUUAGCAUUGAUUUCAUGCUUUGGGUUUGGUAGCCAGUGAUCACUUUGUUAGAAUUGUAACAUUACAUCAACUAAGAAUCAAUGGGAAAAGCAUCAAGAGAUAAAAGGGACAUCUACUAUAGAAAAGCCAAAGAGGAAGGGUGGCGUGCCCGGAGUGCCUUUAAAUUGCUUCAGAUUGAUGAGGAGUUCAAAAUAUUUGAAGGGGUGAAGCGUGUGGUGGAUCUAUGUGCAGCCCCGGGAAGCUGGAGUCAGGUCUUAAGCCGAAAACUUUAUCUGCCAGCCAAGCUCUCGCCUGAUUCCAAGGAGAGUGAUCUACCACUGAUUGUGGCCAUUGACUUGCAGCCAAUGGCUCCUAUAGAAGGUGUUAUUCAAGUCCAAGGAGAUAUAACAAAUGCCCGGACAGCUGAAACGGUCAUUCGACAUUUCGAUGGAGGGAAGGCUGAUCUUAUUGUGUGUGAUGGUGCACCUGAUGUGACUGGCCUGCAUGAUAUGGAUGAAUUUGUGCAGUCACAGCUCAUAUUGGCGGGUUUAACUAUAGUUACACAUAUACUGAAAAAGGGUGGAACAUUUAUUGCAAAAGUAUUUCGAGGAAAAGAUACUAGUCUCCUUUACUCUCAGCUAAAAUUAUUCUUCAUGGAAGUGACAUUUGCUAAGCCUAAAAGCAGUCGCAAUUCAAGCAUAGAGGCAUUUGUUGUGUGCGUGAAUUACUCACCCCCCGAAGGCUUUAGAGAAGAAGAUCUGUACCGCCUCCUGGAGAAAGUCGGAAGCCCUUCAGGCAUUCUUGAUGAUGAUCAUCAAGAUUGCAGCAGUGCUUGGUUGGAAGGGCCGAACAAGGUGUAUAUUCCAUUUUUGGCGUGCGGGGACCUUGCUGGAUAUGACUCUGAUCGUUCAUAUCCGCUCCCAAGAAAUCCCGAUGGAUCUUAUCGGACAUUAGAUCCCGUGCAGCCUCCCAUUGCACCGCCGUAUAAACGAGCUUUGGAAAUGAGGAAAGCUUCAAAUCAUGGCGUUCAAGUCAGCCUGGAAAAACUUGGCCUUGAUCCCUGAGUUUGCUCAUCAAGGUAUGCAUUUUAAUUCUAUUAUAGAUACUUGUUAUUUGUUAGAUAGGCAUCAUAAUGAAGCUGAUAUUGGAAAUUAUUGUCAUUAUUAUUAUUAGAGGGAGAUUUUGUCAUUCUAAGUAGAAAGAAAAUAGCUUACUGAAAUUAUAUGAUAAGAAAUAAGAAUAAGGCAAUGAUGACUAUGGUAGGAGUAUAUACCUGAAAUUUUAAAUAUUGUAAAUUAUAUACAUAUUUUUAACAUCAUAUGUAUCAAUGAAGUUGGAUUGGGUAUAUGAUGUCAAUCAUGGAACCAAU